AUGAACGACACGAUCUGUCCCGUUCAGGUCGAUGGCUUCACCCACAAUGGCGACUGCAGCCUCCUUUGCAGGCCUUCCGAGUGGAAGAACAUUCUCACCUUCUUCCUCGGCAACUAUGCUGCCCACGCCGCCACCGUCAUCGCCCGUCCUGGCCAGAGUCCCUUGACAACUGCCUUCAGCCUGACCCUCGCCCUCUUCUUUCCCGGCGCAGGCGUGCUAGCUGGUGUCACCGCCAUCGCGAGCCUUGCUAUCUUUGCGCCCACCGAGUUGACGAAAGCUGCACGGGCUGGUGCUCUGUGCAUUGUGGUCAAGGCCAAAGGGGAUGUGGAGGAUGGAGAAAUCGUUACGGCUUCGAGACAGCAGUCGUCCCAAGGUCCUUCUGAAACUGGUAGCCAUGCGAAUUGUCAUGAUUCGCCAGAAGAUGAUGGUGUAGGUGACGAUGGCAGUGUCCAUGUGGGUAAAAACGAAGAUGUCGGCAAUGGUGGUGGCAGUGGUGAUGGUGAUGAUGAUGAUGAUGGUGUUGGUGUUGGUGUUGGUGUUGGUGUUGGUGUUGGUGAUGAUGGUAAUGGUCGGUCAGAAGCGCAUGAGCAAGCUGAGAACGACCAGAACUCGGCUGAAGCCCUCCAGCAGGCUUCGACAGCAUCAGAGUCCAUGGAAUCCCGUCGCCCAGGACAGGUCAUUGAACCUGUUACCACGUGUAGUGACGAAAUAUCUACGACCCCAAUCCGUCCCAGGACCCUCACUGGUCGUCCAGAUGAAGUCUUCCCUCCGUCCUUUACCGCCACCAUUGUUCAUGGUGUUACAAGGCUUCCUGCAGGCUAUCGACUGCUCAUACUACCUAGAUGGGCCACCUUCGAGAAUGAGGAUGGAUGCGACCAUGAUGUCGAGCCUGAUUCCGGUACGACAACAGGCCUUCUCUCGACGUUCCAGCCGAGGACAAAGUGUAGCAACACUAUCCCCUGCAGCUACAAUUUCGUCAAGAUACUCCUUUCCAUUGGCCAGCUGCUCUUCUCUGUCAUCACGCUGUACGAAACACGCGGCAAUCAGAUUGCUGUAUUCGGAUAUGCCGCCUUUGGUCUCACCGUCGCACCGUACUUUUGGAUGACCUUGAUCAACCUGUUCGGCAACUUGAUGAGUCCGCAGUACUCUAAUAUAUUCGUCGUCAACUCUCCCACCUUGGAUAGGCUGCGAAAGGAGGCCGAAGAUGCGGGACUGGCAACACGGUACACGAUUGACGGCACCGUCGGUCGAAUCAGCGACGAGAUGGAGACCCGUGUGCUCAACGCGAAAGGCUACCUCCUUAAGUACCCGACCGCUCUCGAGGUGUUGUUCAACCAAAUGGAUCCGGAGAAGAGCCAAGAAGCGGUCCAGAUUGUUUCCCGUGGUAUCGUCGCCUACUUGGGCGCCGCCGUUCCCAUCGCCAUCGUCGGCGUCAUCUCACAUUUCGACCCCGGCAAGAGUGAGCCCUAUCAACGGGUCUGGACAAUGAUGUGGCUGUGUUUCGGACCCAUGGUCGGCGUCGGAUACGGCAUGAUUGUUCUGCCGCUCUUCGAGUCUUUGCCCGUCUUGUGGCGAAGCAUGAUGAUUUACACAGCCGACGAACUCACCGACGAGGCACGAGCUUUGUUCGCAGCGGGACCAGCCGAAGCCGGAGGGGAAGACAACGGGGCGAGCAAGCAAUACACCGUCACGGAGAGUGAUAUGAAGACAGUAUUGCGCCUACAGAUUUCCAGGUUCGUCCUUGCUGCGGCCUUCGCGUCAAUGUACGUGGUACCUGCCAUUGGGGGCUUCGUCGUCGUCGGACAGAUGCUAGUACAGUACGGAACCUGUGUAAAGAUUGACUGA